CUGUGGCCUGAUCGAUGCAUCAUGCAGCGGCUAGUUUGGUCUAGAAGUUCACUUCACAGAAUAUGCUGGAAAUAAACGCUUUGAAAUCGUUGUUAUUAAAUACAUAAGUACGCUAAAUACCGACGUACGCACUGCUGUCUGUCAUUGUUCUCAGGAUCAUUUACAUAUGUUUAUUUUUACGCUAUGAUCAUAUAAUAUAAUAAUUCGGUGGUUUGUGACUUGUCCGGGCUCGAGAUGUGUGAUCAGGCGGUUCUGACGGUUCGUCUGGUUCGGUCUUUUGAGCAUCGCAACUUCAAACCGGUGGUGUUCAAAGACGUUCAUUUAGAUCAGACGGUGGAGGAGUUUAUUACAUUUGUUAAACAAGACGUUUCAACCAGAGCUGGAUUGCCUCCACCCUUUAAGAAGUUUGAAUAUGACACAAUGAAAAUCAUACACCAAGCUCAUGGAGCAAAGACGAAUGAGCUUGUAAUGAGUUUAGAAGAUGAUGAGAAGUUGAUUCUGCGUGAUGGCUGCAGGUUACGGGCAUGUGGCGUUGCCAAUGAGACAGAACUUGCCUUCUUCAAAAUGGCAGACUAUAAAAAGUUCAAGGCCAAUCCACAGACAGAAUGGUGAUGGCGAUCAGGAUUCAACACCAGAGGCACUUCUUUUCUGCUGUGAUCUCUAAAUGGGAUUGAAACAUCUGUUUUAAUUUAAUCUAUAGCUUUACUUUUAUAUUGUAGUCUUUCCAUUCAAAUGUUAUCAGCACAGUUUCAGAUAUAUACAAGACAAAUUUUGAGUGAUGGUUUUUAUUUUGUCAAAGAAUAAUUAUUUUCUUAAGUAAGAAUGCUCUUAUUUUCAGAGCUAAAAUGUGUGUUGAGUACCAAUUAUUUUACAUUUUUUUUUUUUUUUUAAAUUUCAGUUAGAACAAAUCCGAUACCAGAUAUUUUGUUUAAUUUAAAUGACACAUUGGAAGUUGUUUGCUGUUUUUGUUAAAUAAAGUUGAAGGUAUGGAUUGUGCUUUCACAACACCAAAAA